AUGGAUCCCUCACCACCCCCUUAUACUGAACACAUUCAACACGACCAGAGCCUUGAAGAACAAAUUCCCCAAUAUGUUGCGCCUGCUUACAAUCAAUCAUCCAGCGACAGCAAAAGUCUCCAACACGCAAUGGCCAAAUUUCCGCCCGCAAUGAAUGGCUACUUUCAAUGGAAAAUGACCUCCACAUUCCAUCUGGGCCUGACGGCGGAACAGAAGCUGUUCGCUGUGUCCGUCCAUGCUUCUGUCUUUGGGAACAAGCCAUCACUGAUUCUAUAUGAUGGGCCGACCAAGGAAGAUCCUGUCCUGGCAACGCUCAAGUCUGACAAAUGGGGUCGGGCCAGACCCGUCGAUCUCACACUCCCGCCUCGUCCACACGGCCACCAUACCCAUGCGAUCGACUUACAAAUAGUUCCCGCAUCUACGAGCCGCGUUUCUCCAACCUUCGCUUUCGAGACACAAGGGACAGGGAAGGGUGCCGGACGAGAGCGGUUUGAGUGGCGGAAGACACAUGGAGAUGAGAUCAAGGAGCUUGCUACUGGUCACUCCUAUGGCUGGAAGCUUGUGUGGCUGUCAGGGCCCAUUCACAGUGCUGGCGGGAGCAGGAAAGAGCGAGAAAUGGGGGUUGCCAGCGAUGGAACGGAGAUCGUUGCACUCCUCGCUCACAAUGCCUCGUGGAGUAUGACGAAGGGAUUCCGCUUCGCCUUUUUGGCUACUGGACUAAAUGGCACUUUCGGUGAGACUUGGGAGAUCAUGACUGUCACGUCGGCCUUGCACCUCUGGUAUUUGGACUUUCAAGGUGCAAUGGCAGCAGCAGCUGCUUCUUGA